AUGGCUGUCACAGCAAUAGCAGCAGCCGCUGCCGGCCAGCCGCCGCUCGCCGCACUCCUGCAGCCCCUUGCAGCAGCAGCCGCUGCCAGUCUGCCACCGCACGUCGCCGCGUGGCACUCCUGCAGAGUGCAGCCCGCCGUUGCCGCCGCCCCUCGCAGCGAUGGUCCUGAACUCCCGGUGCUGCCCGCACUCCAGCCGCCCCUCGCCAGUCCUAGUAGCAAAGCACAGCCGCCGCCGCCACCAGCACUCGAACUCGGAGAGGAACGACCGAACGAGACUAUAAGAGAAUGGCUAUGCUCGCGAUUCUUCCAAUCGGCGUGUGUUGACUCAGCAGAGGCUGCGCGUGAUUUGGGUCGAAUGGGAUGUAAUGGAGUCGCUUGUGAAGAGGGUGAUUUGGGAAUUCGACGGGAUAGUGUUGGGACUUGGGAGCGGACGAGGACAAGUGAAGCGCGUACCUAG